GUCGGAGCACGCGACCGUCGACCGCAUGAGCUCGGCGCGGCUGCCACUCCGCUUCCAAUGUCCACUCUGCCUGGAGCUACUAUCGUCGCCGGUCCAGCUGCCCUGCUGCAAGAAGCACCUGUGCCUAGGCUGCUUUGACCGGUCGAUCGCGAUCACCUCCACAAGCUGCGCCUUCUGCCGCAACCGCAUCAUUGGCUUUGCCCGGCGCAAGACGAACAAGGUCGACGAAGCGUUCGCGGCCGAAAUUCAAGCUCGUACGCAAGGCCUUGACGACAUCACAUUUGAAGAAGAGACGACGCCGCCAACCGACCAAAUCCCGGCCAAACCCGGCGAGCUCCACGCCUACUACGAAGAGUGCAAGUUGCAGCGCGCCCAGGCGCUCCAAGCACAGGAGACCGAGGCGCUCGAGAAGACACUUGCGUUCUUGCAGACAGACCCCGAAUUUACCGACGUAUUACACGUACACGAAGCCGCGCUGUCUACUUUGACGCCACAACCGUCCUCCUCCAAGCUUUACUCGAUCUUCUCGUCGACGCCCCAACGCCGCCCGACCAAGAACGUUCUAUCAUCCCAGAAAAAAGGCCGAGCAAAACCCAAGGCUGCAGCGGUUCUUGUCUCACUCAAGUCGUGGUCGUGCGAUUGCUGUACGUUUGUCAACCGCACCAACCUCAGCACGUGCAGCAUGUGCGGAUCGCACAAAGCUGCGUCGACCCAUUAGCCUAGUCCUAAAUAUCUCGUAAGCUAUUUCAACCACCUGGUAUAGUCCC